UUGUCACCUCUCGUUAAAAAAUGCAUUUUCACAUUUAACCAGUCGACCAUACACGCACCAAGUGAGUACGUCUCAAACAUGUGCAAAAUUAUCAAUAGUAAUUAUCAUUAAACGGCUCAAAUAUUUAUAUAUCGUGUUCUUUUAGAUCUUUCGGCAUCGAUGUAAACGCGUACUGCGACAAAUUCAAUGCUGUUGGUGCCGUAAAUAAUUUUAAAUUAAAUAAUUACAAUAUAAAACAAUAUUGGGUGAAUUCAGUGCGUUACAGUCGAUGUAACAAUUGCAAUGGCCUUAUUCUUUAUAUUCUCAAUUGUAUUUUUGUACGGUGUCACAACUGUUCAAUGCAAUCCGCCGCAUAUCAUCUUUAUUGUUGCCGAUGAUUUGGGCUUCAAUGAUGUUGGAUUUCAUGGAUCCGGACAAAUCCCAACACCCAACAUAGACGCUUUGGCAUAUUCGGGCUUGAUAUUAAACAAUUAUUAUGUCAACCCUAUCUGUACACCUUCACGAAGUGCCCUGAUGACAGGAAAGUACCCUAUUCACACAGGUAUGCAGCAUACUGUUUUGUUUGGAGCUGAACCAAGAGGACUUCCAUUAUCCGAAAAGAUUUUGCCUCAAUAUCUCGAAGAACUCGGAUACGUAAACAGGAUAGUUGGUAAAUGGCAUCUUGGGUCAUGGAAGAAAGAGUAUACUCCAUUGUAUCGUGGAUUCCAUUCACAUCUAGGUUACUGGACCGGCCAUCAAGACUACUUCGACCACACAGCCAUGGAACAGGGCGCUUGGGGUCUGGAUAUGAGAGCAAACAUGUCUGUAGCUUACGAUUUCCAUGGCAAAUAUUCCACAGACCUCUUUACUCAAGAGUCUGUAUAUCUAAUCAAAAAACACAACCCCAAAGACCCUCUGUUUCUCUAUCUAGCUCACGCGGCUGUCCAUUCCGGCAAUCCGUACAAUCCUCUUCCAGUUCAUGAUGAUGAAGUGAUGAAAAUUGAAAACAUAGAUGAUUAUAAAAGGAGAAGAUUUGCAGCUAUGAUGAGUAAGCUAGAUGAGUCGGUUGGUGUGAUUAUUAAUGCCUUAAAAGCUAACGAUAUGCUUCAGAAUAGUAUUGUGGUUUUUACUACUGAUAAUGGUGGACCUGCUGCUGGGUUUAAUUUGAAUGCUGCCUCAAAUUAUCCUUUGAAAGGAGUCAAAAACACAUUGUGGGAAGGUGGAGUAAGAGGUGCAGGGUUAGUCUGGAGUCCUCUAAUCAAGAAACCUUCCAGAGUAUCAACUCAGUUCAUGCAUAUUGUUGAUUGGUUGCCAACUCUACUAGGAGCAGCCAGCGAAAACAGUUUCUCUGAAGAAUUGGAAAACUUAGAUGGUAUAAGUAUUUGGAAAUCUCUGUCUCAUGACGAACCAUCUCCCAGAACUGAAGUUUUACAUAAUAUUGACGAUAUUUAUGGAAACGCCGCAUUGACUUCUUCAAACUGGAAACUGAUUCAAGGUGCUACUUACGAUGGUGUUUGGGACAACUGGUAUGGUCCAUCUGGUCGGAAUUACAGCUAUAAUACCAGCAUGGUCCAAAAUAGUCUGGCUGGUAAAGCCUUGAAGAGCAUAAACAUGGACAUAUCAGACGAGACGAUUAAAACAUUGAGGAAUAAAGCUACAAUAGUGUGUGGUAAUUCUAAGAAAAAUGUAUGUUCUCCAGCAAAACAGCCAUGUUUGUUUAACUUGGAAGAGGAUCCUUGUGAAUAUCAGAAUCUGGCCAAUGAAUUUCCUGAUAUCUUAGUAAAGUUACAAGCGAGGCUUAAAGAAUACAACUCCACUGCAUUACCUCCUGGAAACCUGCCCAUAGAUGAACGGGGAAAUCCAAAAUACUGGAACUAUGUUUUCACUAAUUUUGGUGAUUAUGAAAAUUUGCCAACGGUUGUAUUAACUUGAUUCAAUAAAAUAAACUACUUUUAUCCUAA